AUGGCUCAGGCUCUGCGCGCGUCUCGUGAGAGCGCCGACGACGUGGCGGCUGGUUUUUAUACAUUCCGAGACCCUCUCCCAGAACACAUGAGCGAGAUCUCGGCGCUCUUGUCCGAGUUAUUCGCCAUCAGCUCAUCCUUGUCCGCUUUGCAACAUCUAGCAGAAGAUCCCCGAAAUCGCCGCUAUUUUGAAAUGAUCAAACCCGAUUUGACCGUGGUGCAAGCCAGUUUCACAUAUACGAUUGAGGAUAUCGGCGAUAUUUUCAGACGUCUUGAUGGCCCAGAUGCUAGUCCAGCGAUGUACAAGCGCACAUGGGCAUUUAUGAGUCGGUUCUUUUGGGAUCAAUCAAACUACUCCCUGGCAGCCCGCCUAGCCAAGUAUAAGACGGCCUUUAAAGAGUUCUAUGACUUGGUAAGAGAUGGUCACUAUACCUCGUCAACCCUCGUGAUGCUCGUCAAUCAAUUCAAGGCCUUACUCUCCAUACAAGAUGGUCUGUUCGCUGCUCGCUUUGAAGGCAUGACACUCCGCCCGGAUGACUCGCCUAUCGGCCACCGCCCAGCGACUCCCCCGAGCCCGGUAAGGGAGCGCCUCCCAAGGGAGCGCCCGGUGAGGGAACGUCCGACGAGUGGCCGCCCGGUUAUUGACCUGAACAGACGGCGCCGGAGGUCAUUCGAGCGCGCUCGGCCGUCGCAUAUGUCUCCUCCGCCAAUGUCGCCUUCCUCCGGCACUUCUUCGGAUUUCCCGCCGUCUGUCCCGGAUAUCCCGCUCUCGCCGUUCACUUCGACAUCCGCUAGUACUAGCGCGGAUGUUAUUCAAGAACACUGGGCCAAGGAUACAUUCGGGUGUAAUACUACCAACACUCCUCUACCGUCUUCGAGAGAAAAGUCACGCUGCUGCGGAGAAUCUCAACCUGGCAUUAAACAAUCAAUUAAAGACAAGGGCUAUGAGGAACUCAUCCACCUAUGCCUAAACGACGAGUCCGAUAUGCGUGUGGCCUUUUAUCUAAGGAAAACAGACCAUCGUGUCCGCAUCCUUUGCAAGAAGCCCCACCGGACGGGGCCUAGCGACUACUACUGCUUGCCGCUGAAUUUACUCGAGCUCAUGCGAGAUGGCUCUUGCCUCCGACUGUGCAGGCGGCGGAAUCAUGGAACAGAGCUUGUUUUAUGGACCCUGUUGAAGUUCAGCACAUUGGAAGAUCUAGUGCUAUUCCAUAACGUAUUCCUCGCCUUGCGCUCCCAGGAUGCAGGCCAUCCUAUAGGAGAAAUCCUAGACCACGAGCUGACACACGAACAGCAACGCUUUGGAGCCCCGAUCACCGACGAUGGGUACAUGCAUGCGCUGCGCGUAUACAAAGACACGGUGACUGGAGCCGUAAGAAUGCAGGCGUCAGUCCACCUAGGCGAGAUGAAUCACACACCCGUCUGGACAGCAUUCGUCACCCACAACCUUGGGAAACGCAGUUGGCUUAAGUUGCAGGGUUCCAAAACGGUGAUUGUGCGUGAUAUCAAGCCCAUCAUAUUUAUGUCUGUCGAUGAUUACGACCCCCCGCAGACCUCACAAGGUUAUCAUAUCCUGGAGUUCACGCGCUCUUCUGAUGCUCGGAUGUUCGUGGAUGUCAUGGAUGAACUGGGCGAUUGA